AUGGCAGGAAAAGUGUAUAUGGUCAUGGCAUUGAUAAUAAUGGGAUUUGCUUUACAAGCAUGCAAUGGAUUGAAACCUGAUGCUGAUGAUGGUGAGGAUAGCAAGCCAACACAAGACUCAAGAUUCUUUUGCUUCAGAAUCUGUUCCAUUCGUUGUGGCAAACAAAACAAACCUUGUUACCAAGAUUGUUUGCCAAAAUGUGGUCUCCCACGACGACAUGCUAAACCAACAACAUCUCAAUCACCUUCCUCUGCCGUUUGA